CGUUUAGUCCCAAAAGUCCAGCCCGUCCCCAUCCUCCCCACAGGGACAGAUGUUUGUGCCCAGGGCCAUGCAGGCCUGCUGAAUCUCUCCAGCUCCUUUGAAGGUUCACAGAAAACAUUUGAUUUCAGCGCUCGCUGCUGUCCCCUGUGCACCUGUUUCCAGACCGAGGACACCGGAGGAUGGAGGCCCCUCGGUGGUGGCUGCUGGUCCCUGUGCUCGUGGCUGUGGGCCGUUGUCUGGCACUGGUUGGCCAAGAAGAUUCCGAUCCCGUCGACACUGACCCCCGUGAUGUCCCUCCGAGGCCGGCCCUGCCCUGCCACAAGAUAUCCGUGAGCAACAUUGACUUUGCCUUCAACCUCUACAGACAGCUGGCUUUGAAGGCCCCUGGAGAGAACAUCCUCUUCUCCCCAGCGAGCAUCUCCUCAGCCUUGGCCACGCUGUUCCUCGGGGCCCCUGCGGUCAGCAGGGUCCAGCUCCUGGAGAGCCUGGGGCUCAACCUCACCAUGGUGCCCGAGGCCGAGAUCCAGGAGGCCUUCCAGGACCUGCUGCUUCGGCUCCCUGUGCAGGACCCCCAGCUCCUCGUGACUGUGGGCCAGCACAGUUUCCAUGGCCUGGGUCCCGGGGCUGGGCGGGACCCAGUGGAGGCCCAGAAAUGCAUCCAUGAGUAUGUAGAGAAGCAGACCCAGGGGAAGCUUGGGGCCUGGGUGGAGGAACUUGGGAAUGAAACUGCAGCCGUCCUCGUGAAUCACGUGCUCCUCAGAGCUGGGUGGGCGACACCCUUCGACCUGCAGGCCACCCGCCCCAAGGAGUUCUUUGUGGAUGAGCACAGGGCCGUGCCGGUGCCCAUGAUGCGGCAGAAGGCCCGCCACCGCUUCCUCCACGACCCGGAGCUGCAGUGCACUGUGCUGCAGAUGGACCACGCCGGGGACGCCAGCACCUUCUUUGUCUUCCCCAGGCGGGGCGCGCUGGGGCAGCUGGAAGACGCCCUGCUGCCUGAAACCCUCAUCAAGUGGGACAGUUUGCUCAGGACAAGGGAACUCGAUUUCCAUUUCCCCAAAUUUUCCAUUUCCAGCACCUCCAGACUGGAGCUGCUCCUCCCACGACAGACGGUGGGAGGAGGCCUCCCCGGGCAGCCUGCACUGAACAUCUCUAGGGUCACUCACAAGGCUGUGAUGGCUCUGAAUGAGGAGGGCGCCGAGGCCGCUGCCGCCACCAGCAUCCAGCUCACUCCAGGGCCCCACCCCGACCUUGACCCCACACCCUCCCCAGACACCGAGUUCAGUCGGCCCUUCCUGAUGAUGACCUUCCACACGGAAACAGGAAGCUUGCUCUUCCUGGGCAAGAUUGUAAACCCGUCGGGGUGAAGUGUGGAAUGUGCCCGGAUACAGGGUGGGGGGCAGCGUUAGCAUCCAAGUUUCCGUGGGGCCCUGGGGGCCUCGGCGGGCUGUUCGGGGCUCCUUCUCCGUCUGGAAGUGCAAUGGGAAAUAUUCCAAAGUGGCGAAGGUGGUGGGUACCCCUGCAGAGGCUUCCUGCAGCUGUGCAAGUCCCCCAGCCUGCUCGCCGGAGCCUCUGCUACAGCCCCUUGUUUAAUGAGAAGCUCGUACACCCUG